CAAAAGAAAAAAAGAAAACAGGAAAACAAACAAUUGACAAGAUGCGUUGGUUGAUUUGCCUGUCGUUGUUGAUUGCCGUUCAUCAGUGCCGCCAUUUAUCAGAGGAAAGACGUAAAUUGAAGCGCCAAGGACUUGCAGCUCAUCGACAUGGCGGUCGAAGGAGACAUACUGAUGAUGUUGCUGGACCGACCGUGGUGGUCGAAGACGGACAACCGGACUGGUCAGAGAACGAAUAUCAACCGGUCGUGUUGAAAUUCGAAGUUCAUUUUGCCGCACCGAGACGGAAACAUCAGAAAAAGAAGAAAAAUGGCGGAAUGGGUUGGAAUCGAACAAACGCCAUUACGAGUAGUGGCUCCGGUUCAUCUGGUUUCAUCCACCUCUUCCUGCCGCUUUCACUCGACUCUGCUCCCCUUGCCCCGACGUCAACGACGACGUCUCGAUCGACUCCCGCUGUGACGGCUGCUGCCAUUUCCGGAGCGGAAAUGAUGGUGACUCACCGUCCAUCUAGCAGCAGUCAGGCCUACAGCAGGAGGGUGAAUAAUAAUAACAAGAAAAAGAAAAAGAAAACGAAACGAAAAAAGAAGAAGGUCCAUCAACAGCACGUUGAUGAGAAGAACACAAUGGAUGCAGUCGACGACGUCACGGCGUCGGUCGUAGACCGACGAUACAAACCCAUGCAAGCGUCGCCUAGCAAUCGACUAAUGCCUCUCCUUUUACACGAUGACGGAAUACCACCGAUGCUCAACAGCCUUUCGAGCGACGAAACGCAACAAUGGGCUCGCUGGCUUCGCUGCACUCUUUGUCUCAAGAACGACAAAAAGCAGUCGGACGAGGAAUCUGCUCUGUGCCAGCUGCAGAAUGUCGAGUGCCGUCAGGCCAACGUUACCGCCGAAAAUGAAUUGACUACAUCCGGUUGUCAAGAAUCAGACACUUGUAGUCUAUGGCAACGAUGUGAAACCAGCCAAGAAAUACCGUCUCUCUUUGUGGCUCUACCCCCUUGCCCGUGCACCUACCCCACAGGAUUAGUCUACAAUGAUCGAGUGUGGGAUCCGCUCAACCGGCAUCACUAUCGGUGGCGGGAGAUUAGCCUACAGAGCGAACGCGUCGACAUCUACCGGCCGGGAGCCGCCUACUGUAUCCGAAGCUUGUCGGUCGUUCCCAAAAUGACCCUUUCGUCUCAGCAGUGCUGCUACGACGACCGCAGGAGGUUGCUCACGCGAGGAUGGGCAGCUGGAACACCGGCACUCGUCUCACCUGAAGCUUCGGUUCACCUCAGUCGCGUCACGGAGCGACUACCCUGGCUCGCCUGUAAAGGCGAUUUCUCCAGGUAUCAUUUACAGAGACCACCUGAUAACAGGUUAAACUGUUCAGUUAAUCCUAGCGAUGAAGAAUAUCAACGCCAAGUACUGCUGGCCACCAAUUAUUGAACUUGAUAAUACGAUCUCGAUAGAUCAAGUCCGAUACGCGUGCUUCUGGUCGCAGCGUUUAUUUCACGAGUUUCGAUGAAACCAAAGAAUUUGGCAAAUGAAAUUAUUGUUGGCUAGCAGAAAACCAGACAACGCCAUUUGAAAAACAUUUUUAUCUAAAUGAGAAAAAAGAUUUUUUUUUUUCGGAAAAAAUCAAAGCGAUCCAGUUCCUUUAAGUUAUCAUCACACGGCGUCUAACAAUAAUUCAAUUCUUUUUUAUUUGAAAAGAAAUCCUCACUCAUCAUCAUCAGCAAAUCAUCAGAUUCUUGUAAAUUUCCCUUUGUUUCCAGUAUAAUAUAAUUUGCUUUUUUCUAUUAAGUAAGCUAUGAAAAUACACACAAUAAAUAU